GAUAAUUUCCGGUCCCUGCCUUGGACUCCCCAGUGCUUGUGGUCGUAUCUUUCGAGUAGGAAUAGUUGUAAUAAUCUGCCGAUGUGCCUGCUUUUGAACCAGAUGCGUACUUGUCCCCCGAGGACCCAUCUUUUCCUCUGCUUCUCUUGCUCUUGGAUUUAGAUUUCGACGCGUAACCCGAGCCGUAAGAAGACAUUUAAAUAGUUGUAUAUAUGUAGAUGUAUUACUGUGCCAUCUUGUUUGUCAUAAUUAUUAGUAAGAAUUUAGUCACUGAGAAUUUUUUCAUAACGUAUGAAUUUUUAUGUACUGUAGCAUCAAAAUUUAUUCAACAUGAAAGAAAGCAUGAAAUACUUUUGCUGAGCAACAGGUUCAAUAUUUCUCGGAGAUUUUGUGAAAAUGUUCUCGCUGCAAAUUUUUAACUGGCGACAAAAUAGACUUUCUCUUCCCUGUGAGAAGUGAGUGGGUGUGAGUGAGUGAACAGUUUAGUCACUUGCAGGGAAACAAAGUGAGAGGAGCCAGACUCUGCUUUUACUCGAAUAAUAAUCAAGUUUAAUCGUGAUAUUCGAGAUCAUCCAUCAUCAUUAUGGUUAGUCGACGAAUUCAACUGGAACUUAAGGAAAUGCAGACGGCUAAGGUCGAUGGAUUCGACAACUUGAAAGUGGACGACGCCAAAAUGAAUGUGUGGGAAGGAAUUAUUGUUCCGUCCAAUGCACCCUACAAUAAGGGAGCUUUCCGAGUGGAAAUAACGUUUCCAGAUGGUUACCCCUUUAAACCCCCUUCAGUUGUUUUCAAGACCAAAAUCUACCACCCCAACGUGGACGAGAAAGGUGUCGUUUGUUUGAACGUCAUUAACAAUGAAAAUUGGAAACCCGCAACCAAGAUUUCUCAAGUCAUUCAAGCUCUCGUAGCCCUCGUGAAUAAUCCAGAACCGGAACAUGCUCUUCGUGCCGACUUGGCAGAAUUGUUCCAAAACGACAUUUCAAAAUUCAAGAAAUCUGCUGAAGACUUCACCAAAAAACAUGCAGAGAAGCGUCCCACAAAGUAAACAUGUCAACUAUCCUGCCAAUAUCUCAAAUUUCCUAUUUAAUGUUUAAAUUACUUCACGUGUACGUAACUAUUGUUCGUACAGAGAAAAUUGUCGAGUUGAUAUGAACUUUUAGAAACUUAAUACACUUCAUUCCAAAAUUCAAA